AGCGCAGGUCAGUGGAAACAGCGGAGGCUCUAAGAUUAAAGAAAGAAUUUCCAACUUUACCAAAAUACUGCUUUCAGAGCUGCGAAGAGGAAUCACAUAAUUGAAAAAGGACUUUUUUUUUCUUUUUUUAUACUUUUGGACACAUUUUUAUUUCAAGAUUGCAAGAUGAUGCUGAGCGGCAUCGUUUUUCUGUUCUUGCUUUGGAGUUGCCAAGGUGCUAGAUUGGCAGAGAGUCGCGAUGAUAACAGUGUGUAUGAUCUAUUUGAACUGGCAAAAGUUAGCAAAAAACAUAAUGGAGUGAGUCUGGUCAAAGGCAUAGAUCCAUACAGCCCCGCAUACAAGGUCCUGAAUGCAGACAUGAUCCCCCCUGUUCCCGACGCCUCCUUCAGGGACCUACUGGACUCCAUCCAGGCAGAGCGGGGUUUUCUCCUCCUGCUCAACCUGAAGCAGUUCAAGAAAACCAGAGGAGGUCUGCUGACCGUGGAGAAAACUGACGGAUCCGGACCCAUCUUCGAAAUCAUAUCUAAUGGGAAGGCGAACACGCUUGACCUGGUCUAUUCCACCGAGAGGCAGCAACAUUUGGUUUCCAUUGAGGAUGCAGGCUUGGCCAAUGGGCACUGGAAGAACCUCACACUGUUCGUCCAGGAGGACAGGGCACAGCUUUUUGUGGGAUGUGAAGAGAUCAAUGUGUCAGAGUUGGAUGUGCCAAUCCAGACUUUACUGUCCAGGGAGGUGGCAGAUAGAGCCAGGCUGAGGAUUGGGAAAGGAGCAGUGAAGGACAAGUUUAUGGGGGUGCUUCAGAAUGUCCAUUUCGUCUUCGGAACCACUCUAGAUGCCAUAUUAACCAAUAAGGGAUGUAAAAGUGGAGCUGCCUUAACACAAAUGAUGACCCUGGAUAAUCCAGUCAAUGGUUCCAGCCCUGCCAUUAGGACAGAUUAUACUGGCCACAAAUCCAAAGAUCUGCAGACUGUCUGUGGUUUCUCAUGUGACGACAUCGCCAGCAUGUUUAAGGAGCUCAGGGGACUCAAUGUGAUUGUCAAGCAGCUGUCGAAUGAACUCCAAAAAGUGUCUACAGAUAGCGAAUUACUGAAAAAUCAGAUAAACAUUCAUAGAGGGAUCUGCAUCCAUAACGGCAUUGUGCACCAAGACAAAGAUGAAUGGACAGUGGAUGGCUGCACAGAGUGCACCUGUCAGAACUCUGCAACCGUGUGUCGCAAAAUAUCCUGUCCCCUCAUCCCCUGUGCCAAUGCUACUGUGCCUGAUGGGGAAUGCUGCCCUCGCUGUGGGACACCCAGUGAUUAUGCAGAGGAUGGCUGGUCUGCCUGGUCUGACUGGACCCAUUGUUCUGUGACUUGUGGUCGUGGCAUCCAGCAGCGUGGACGUUCCUGUGACCGCAUCAACAGCAAGUGUGAGGGCACCUCUGUCCAGACCCGUGAUUGCUACUUGCAAGAAUGCGACAAGCGAUUUAAACAGGACGGAGGCUGGAGCCACUGGUCACCCUGGUCUUCGUGCUCUGUGACCUGUGGUGAAGGGGUCAUGACACAGAUCCGCCUCUGCAACUCCCCAACGCCGCAGAUGGGUGGCAGAGACUGCCAGGGAGAGGGACGUCACACCAAAGUCUGCCAGAUGUCACCCUGCCCUAUUAAUGGAGGAUGGGGGCCUUGGUCACCAUGGGAUACCUGUUCUGCAACCUGUGGUGGAGGAAUCCAAACAAGAAAUCGUCUCUGCAAUGAUCCUGUUCCCAAAUAUGGGGGAAAGGAUUGUGUUGGCGAUGCUACCAUGGUUCAAGUUUGCAACAAACAGGACUGUCCUAUUGAUGGUUGUCUUUCCAACCCUUGUUUCCCUGGAACAAAAUGCACAAGCUUCCGUGACGGCUCAUUCAAGUGUGGCAAGUGCCCACUUGGUUAUACUGGUAAUGGGGUCACCUGCACGGACAUUGAUGAAUGUAAAGAGGUCCCGGAUGCUUGCCAUUAUCAUAAUGGAGUCCAUCGUUGUGAAAACACUGAGCCAGGUUACAAUUGCCUCCCCUGUCCUGCACGUUUCUCUGGUCCCCAACCCUUUGGAAGAGGAGUGGAACAGGCAAUUGCUAAAAAACAGGUUUGCACUCCCCGCAACCCUUGCAAGGACGGUAGCCACAACUGCCAUAAAAAUGCAAAUUGCAUAUAUUUGGGCGUGUACUCCGAGUCAAUGUUCCGCUGUGAAUGCAAGCCAGGAUAUGCUGGGAAUGGGCGGAUUUGCGGAGAGGACAGUGACCUGGAUGGAUGGCCUAACACUGAUCUGCCAUGUGUGGAGAACGCCACUUAUCACUGCAAAAAGGAUAACUGCCCCAACCUUCCCAACUCUGGGCAAGAAGACCAUGACAAAGAUGGCUUUGGGGAUGAAUGUGACCAUGAUGAUGACAACGAUGGAAUCCCCGAUGAUAGGGACAACUGUCCCAGAGUGUACAACCCUGCCCAGUAUGAUGCAGACAGGGAUGAGGUUGGUGAUCGCUGUGACAACUGUGUGUUUGAGGCUAAUACUGAUCAAACAGACACAGACAACAACGGAGAAGGUGAUGCAUGUGCCAUCGACAUUGAUGGUGACGGCAUUCUAAAUGAGAAUGACAACUGCCCAUAUGUGUACAACGUCGACCAGAGAGACACAGACAGGGAUGGCGUGGGAGAUCACUGUGAUAACUGUCCCCUCGAACACAACCCAGACCAGAUUGACUCUGAUGCAGAUCGUGUUGGAGACAAAUGCGAUAACAACCAGGACAUUGACGAGGAUGGUCACCAGAACAACUUGGAUAACUGCCCCUACAUCCCCAAUGCCAACCAGGCAGACCAUGACAAAGAUGGCAAAGGAGAUGCUUGCGACCAUGAUGAUGACAACGACGGUAUUCCUGACGAUAAAGAUAACUGCAGACUGGCCUUUAAUCCUGAUCAACUGGAUUCUGAUGGUGAUGGUCGUGGAGAUAUCUGCAAGGAUGAUUUUGACCAAGAUAAUGUCCUUGAUAUCCAUGAUGUGUGCCCUGAGAACUUUGCCAUCAGUGAAACCGAUUUCCGAAGAUUCCAAAUGGUUCCCUUGGAUCCGAAAGGCACCUCUCAGAUUGACCCCAACUGGGUGGUCAGGCAUCAAGGCAAGGAGCUGGUGCAGACUGUCAACUGUGACCCCGGCAUUGCUGUCGGUUAUGAUGAGUUCAGUGCCGUGGAUUUCAGUGGAACAUUCUUCAUCAACACUGACAGAGAUGAUGACUAUGCCGGUUUUGUGUUCGGCUAUCAGUCCAGCUCCCGCUUCUACACAGUGAUGUGGAAACAGAUCACACAGACCUACUGGUCUCACACACCCACUAGAGCUCAAGGUUACUCUGGUUUGUCAAUUAAAGUUGUGAACUCCACCACGGGGCCAGGCGAACACCUCAGAAAUGCUCUGUGGCACACUGGAGACACCCCAGGACAAGUCCGUACUCUGUGGCACGACCCCAAGAAUAUCGGCUGGAAGGACUUUACCGCUUAUAGAUGGCACCUUACCCACAGACCCAAGACUGGGCUUAUUAGAGUGGUCAUGUAUGAAGGCAAGAGAAUCAUGGCUGAUUCUGGAAACAUUUAUGACAAAACAUACACUGGUGGGCGACUAGGCUUGUAUGUCUUCUCUCAGGAGAUGGUUUACUUCUCAGACCUCAAAUAUGAAUGUAGAGAUUCAUAAUUGCACCCCAGAGCCUUCUGGAAGAAUGAAUCAGCGCAGGCCUACAUCAGUUUUUGUUUCAUUUAUAUGUCCUCUGAAAAUGCACAUUGGAGGUAUGUUGAGUAAGUGAGCUAACGAGGAAGGAAAGGGACCUCAGGAGUUGAAGCCAAAUAAAAAAUAUCAACGCUGCACGAAACUCAAACUGUGAGUGCAGUUCUGCUCAGAAGAAAUCGGCUCUCUUUUAAUCUGUCCGUGCUGAUCUGCAUCAGAGGAGGGCCACAUUUUAUUUCUUUGCACACCUGAACUGAUAUUCCUCUAUGGAUAAAGAAGCAAAGGGAAGAAAGUAGUUUUUUUUUUUUUUUUUUUUUUAGUAUAUAUACUAAUUUUUAGUUUUAACAUACAUCUGCUGUGGACUGAAUGAUGAAACUACUCAGAAUGAAGAAAGUAGUAAUUAGCAUUUUGAAGAUGGGGUAACAAAAGAAAGCGAUGCCCUGUGAAGGAACUGUUAAGGGAAUAAAGAAAGUAAGAUAUAACUAUUAUUAUUAAUAAGUGAAUGUGGUGGGUGGGGUUUUUGUGCAUGUUUGACACUAAAAAAAAGAACUGCAUGAAGACAGCUCAAUCAGAAUUAAGUAUUGAUUUAUUUCCACAAGGCCUUUAACAUGGGCUACAGACAAUGCUUGGUUAGUAAUGGAGACGAAGGGCUAGCCCAAAAAUCUCUCUUCUCAGGAAAGUAGACUGCGAGCAGGAGAGCUUGGAACACAAAUGAUCAGAAAAUCUUGUCUUAUGACCUAUUGCAGUGAAGGCCAGUCUGCUUUCUUUUAUUUUUUUAACAUAGAGCAUUUAAUUGUAGCUCCUCUAAGCAUCUUUCUUUAUUAUUAAAUAUUAUAAGCAACCUUUUAUGGUUGACAUCAUCAAAAUAUAUAUUGUUACUUCUAAUUAUGGGGAGUGAAAAUAUGUUAUCCUGCUUUCUGCACAGUGUGCAUGAUGGCAUGCCUGAAUUUCACUGUUUGAAAGAUGGGGGGAAGAAAGGAAACCUUUUCUCUACAAAUAUUACCUCAUCUUUUCAUUGAGGCCAGCAAACACGAGAACCACAAUUUUUAGCAACAGAGUAUAGAAUUUUUUGGACUUUAGUAUCAUUAAUAUGCUGUAUAUAAGAUAUUUUUGUAGUACAGGAAAUGGAAAAGGAUUAAACUGAUGUUUUGCAGUCUGUAUUUCUUGUUCCUUUUGAUAAAUUAUUCUGUUUUUUAUGUAAUUUGUGUAGAUAUAUGCUAUUUAAAUAAUUUAUCUUGAAGUGUAACCUCCUAUGGAAGUUUCUAUCUGUAUAAACGUUUUUGCACACUGACAUGAGGGUGUCUUUUUUAUUUUAAUUAUUGUUUGUCUUUGAUUAUUAGUGAAACUUUUCUAUAAACAUUUGUGCUAUAGUUUCUAUUACAAGUGCUGUUUAUAUUCCUAAAUUUAUUGUUACUUUGUAAUGUCAAGUGAACAAUAAACCCUUAAAAAAAAGCUA